AUGAACCAAAGCGCGGCGGUGGUUACACGGCGGUACUCAAGUGAUGUGAAGGACCUCGGAGCGAUUGCAGCUGAUAAAAACUGGAAAGGCAUCGGCAUCUCCCUGCUGGUUAUUUUGGUGGUGCUCUCUCUCAUCGGCCUGUCCAUUGUUCUGCUGUCUAAAGAUGACAGUGGAAAACUCUUGGGUUCACAGUUGACUCUUGAUGAUCUUUUCCAUAGAAACUUCCAGAUUCAUGAUCCUGAUGCCAGGUGGAUCAACGAUGAAGAAAUCAUUUACCGCAGCUGGGAUGGAGACGUUCUGAAAGCAAACAUUCACAACAACGAGACACAACUGCUGCUGAAAAACACAACAUUCGCAACUUUUAAGGCCUCAAAGUUUGCAGUUUCUCCUGAUCUGAACUUUGUUCUUCUGGGAUACGAUGUCAAGCAGGUGUACCAGCACUCUUUCCUGGCAUCUUACCUGAUCUACAACCUUUAUACGAGAGAGGUACGGGAGCUGAAUCCUCCAGAAGUGUCCGAUUCUGUCCUCCAGUUUGCCUCAUGGGGUGUGCACGGUCAGCAGCUGAUUUAUAUAUUUGAAAACAACAUUUACUACAAAACAGACGUCCAGAGCAGCUCAUGGAGGCUCACAUCUUCAGGACAGGAGGGUGUUGUCUUUAAUGGCAUUGCAGACUGGCUCUAUGAGGAGGAGGUUUUGCACUCCCAGGCGUCUCACUGGUGGUCCCCUGAUGGCUCCAGACUAGCCUACCUCACACUCAACGACACCCUGGUUCCUACCAUGCUGCUGCCCCGCUUCACAGGCUCUCUUUAUCCCAGAGGCAAAGAGUACCCUUAUCCAAAGAUGGGCCAAAUGAAUCCCACUGUCAGACUCUAUGUGGUCACUGUGGAUGGAAGCUCAAUAACCACAGAGCUGAGACCUCCUGACAGCUUUGAAAAGAGUGAAUACUACAUCACCAUGGUAAAGUGGGUAACCACAGAGAGGCUGUGUGUGCGUUGGGUUAAUCGGGCUCAAAAUAUGUCGAUACUUUCUCUGUGUGAUGUCAGAACAAGUGAAUGCAUAAAGAAACAUGUGAUGACUUCAGAAAAGUGGCUUGACCGUCAGAAUGAGGUGCCAGCUUUUUCUAGAGACUGCUCAACUUUCUUCGUCACUAUGCCCUUAAAACAAGGCGGUCGUGGGACAUUCAACCACAUCACCAUGAUCUCCAACCAGUCCGACAGUCAAGAAUUCAACCUGCGCCAUCUGACAUCAGGAAGCUGGGAAGUUUCUCAGAUUUUGGCCUAUGAUGAGAACACAAACUCAGUCUACUUUCUCAGUACAGAAGAGGGAUCAACACAGCGGCAUCUUUACAGAGUCAACACUGUGGAUCCAUCUCAGAAAGAAUGUCUCUCCUGCUCCCUUUUCAAAUCACUUUGCAACUACUACGACACAACUCUCAGCCCCAACUAUCAACAUGUUCUUCUCAACUGCAGAGGUCCUGGAAUACCCCAGACCACCCUUCACAAACUCAGCGAUAUGAAGAAGCACAAGACAGUGGAGAGCAACUCUGUGUUAGCACAUGCUCUGAUAAACAGGACCAUACCAAAGUGGGAGAGAAGAACUGUACAAAUCAGCAACUACGCACUUCGUCUGGAGUUAAUUGUCCCAAUAAAAAUGGAAGAAACAAAAGAGUACCCGCUUUUACUGAUUAUUGACAGCGCCCCCGGUGGUCAGGCUGUGAGUGACCGUUUCUCUCUCGGCUGGGACACAGUGUUGGUCAGCUCAGACAGCGUCAUCGUGGCUCGUCUGGACGGCCGGGGCAGCGGCUUUCAGGGUCAGAGGGUCCUACAUGAGGUCCACCAGAGACUGGGGACAUUUGAUGUUCAGGACCAGAUCACUGCUCUGGAGUACCUGGUCAGAUUACCCUACGUUGAUGGAGACAGAGUUGGAGUGUAUGGAAAGGCAUAUGGAGGAUUUCUCUCCUCUGUCCUUCUCCUCUCCCACAGCUCUUUGUUCCGCUGUGGCAUUGCUGUGGCCCCCAUCACUAACUGGAAACUCUACGGUUCGGCUGAAACUGAGAAAUACUUCGGCUCCCCAGCAAGAGAGGUUUAUAAAUACCAAAUUUCCAGUCUGAUCAGAAACUUCACAAUCCCUGAACCUUUAAGCUUCCUAAUAAUCCAUGGUACAGCAGAUGCUACUGUUCAUUUCCAGCACUCUGCAGAGUUGGUCAAACUGCUGUCUGCAUCAAAUGUCAACUACACACUACAGAUUUUCCCAGAUGAAGGACACAACAUUGUCUCUGCAAAGAGUCAGCACUACUUUCUGAACACCAUUCUCACCUUCUUCAGGCGCUGCUUUGAAGAGCAGGUAGCCUUACUUAAGGGGUCCAAAGAAGAUGAAUAA